AUGGGCUGGGGUGAAAUUGGGCUUUGGCAAGGUGGAAGCUAUGGUUUUGAAGGUGCAGUAUCGCUAUCUAUUAAACCUACUGUUCAGCAAGUCUUUCUCCUUGUGAAUUCGAGUCUCUUUGAUGCGUCUUGGUUUAGCUUGAGCAUAUUGACGGCUUCGGCUAGAAAGGGUCUGUUGACAGAACUCCAGUCUCCUCCGCAGCUGUCUCACAACCCUUGCCAAACGGCAAGGAGCCCUUGUCUUUCGGCAAGGAUCAUUACGCCCCCAUUGGGCAUGGCCCGAUUCGGCAGCACAGGACCUGCCAUUCGGCAGGUCUUGCUUGGUGUGAUUUGGAGGGGUCAGGGGACUUCGCUUGUAGUGUGGGCAACGCAGCAAAGUGGUCUCGGGUGCAGCAGCAAGGCCCUAGGCAAGGGUGCUUGGUGCCUUUUUAGCGCUCCAGUUUUGGAUAUUAGGAUUGUGGCUGGGUUCGGCAAGGGGAGCUUGGUUUCGGUAAGAUCAGCUCGGGUCGAGGUCGAAUUCAGCAAGAACUGUGAGGCGAUCACCUUGGCAAGAGGUUGGGUCUUUAUUGAGUUCGGCAAGCUAGAGUUCCCAACUCAAUGUCAGCACCAAAUUGAUUUGAAGGAAGAGGAUUUGUUGCCGAAUGGUUGUGGCUACGAACCUGUUGAAUCUUCCUCCAACAAUUGCACGGCCCUUGUCGUUCAGCAAGGGCUUGGAAGGAGAAUUGGAGCUAGGCUGCAAGGUGAGAGUCAACAAGAGAACCUGAGCCCUUGGGCUUUUGUCAAACCUUGGAGCCGGCUCAAUCAAGUUUCAUCAAGGGCUUGGGUUUGUCAAUUCUUGGAGCUGGGUCAGCAAAGCUUGGGCAAGACUAGGAUGAACACCUUGAAUAUGAGUAUGAACAUGAUGAACACCUUGAACAUUGAUAUGAACUUGUUGAAUGUGUUUGAAAGUUUUGAUAGAGAAAUUCAUGACCCCCCUACCUUUGGUGGGGAAGAUACUAAGAGUGAAGAGCCCAGCCAAUAUGUUUGUUAUGAAGAUGAGAGUUCCUAG